AAGCAUCGGGCGUCACCCGCGGCCGAGGCCAUGCUGUGCACAGCUCUGGUCAUGGCCGGGAGCCUGGCGCUCACCACGGCCGUGGUUGCCCACGCCUACUACCUGAAGCACCAGUUCUACCCCACCGUGGUGUACCUCACCAAAUCCAGCCCCAGCAUGGCCGUGUUGUACAUCCAGGCCUUCGUGCUCGUGUUCCUGCUGGGCAAGUUCAUGGGCAAGGUUUUCUUCGGGCAGCUACGAGCGGCCGAGAUGGAGCACCUCCUGGAGCGCUCGUGGUACGCGGUGACCGAGACCUGCCUGGCCUUCACCGUCUUCAGGGACGACUUCAGCCCGCGCUUCGUCGCCCUCUUCACCCUCCUCCUCUUCCUCAAGUGCUUCCACUGGCUGGCUGAGGACCGUGUGGAUUUUAUGGAGAGGAGCCCAAACAUCUCCUGGCUUUUCCACUUCAGAAUUGUCUCCCUGAUGCUCCUGCUGGGAAUCCUGGAUUUGCUGUUUGUCAGCCACGCCUACCACAGCAUCCUGACCCGCGGCGCCUCCGUGCAGCUCGUCUUCGGCUUCGAGUACGCCAUCCUGCUCACCAUGGUGCUCACCAUCUUCAUCAAGUACGUGCUGCACUCCAUCGACCUGCAGAACGACAACCCCUGGGAUAACAAGGCCGUGUUCAUGCUCUACACCGAGCUCCUCACCGGGCUGAUCAAGGUGCUGCUCUACAUGGCCUUCAUGACCAUCAUGAUCAAGGUUCACACCUUCCCGCUCUUCGCCAUCCGCCCCAUGUACCUGGCCAUGAGGCAGUUCAAGAAGGCCGUGACUGACGCCAUCAUGUCCCGCAGAGCCAUCCGCAACAUGAACACCCUGUAUCCCGACGCUACGGCCGAGGAGCUGCAGGCCAUGGACAACGUGUGCAUCAUCUGCCGAGAGGAGAUGGUGACAGGAGCCAAGCGCCUGCCCUGCAACCACAUCUUCCACACCAGCUGCCUGCGCUCGUGGUUCCAGCGGCAGCAGACGUGCCCCACGUGCCGCAUGGACGUGCUGCGAGCCACGCUGCCAGCACCGGCACCCCCGGAGCCCCCGGCACCGGCACCGGCACCGCCAGCGGGGCCACAGCCCCCCCAGUUUCCUCAGGGGCUCCUCCCUCCCUUCCCCCCGGGAAUGUUCCCGUUCUGGCCGCCCGUGGGGCCCUUCCCGCCCGUCCCCGGUGUCCAGGCCCCGGCUGGACCCGACAGCUCGGCCACGGCAGGCGCCACUGCUCCCGGUGCCCGUGCCGGUGACACCGGUUCCGGUUCCGGUUCCGGCGCCGCUCCGGAGCUCGGCGCUGCCGGGGCCGUGCCGGGGCUGCCGCUGCCUCCGCCCUGGGUGGGGAUGGCCUGGCCACCCCUCUUCGGCGUGCCCCCCAUGCCGGUGCCCCCCGCCGGCUUUGCCGGGCUCACCGAGGACGAGCUGAGAGCGCUGGAGGGGCACGAGAGGCAGCACCUGGAGGCUCGGCUGCAGUGCCUGCACAACAUCCACACCCUGCUGGACGCUGCCAUGCUGCAGAUCAACCAGUACCUGAGCGUGCUGCCCACCAUCGGGACCCCCCGGCCGCCCCCUGCCCGUGAGGCCCCCCCAGAGGAGCCCCCAGCACCAGGACCCUCGGGAGUCACUGGAGCCACUGGAGCCACUGAUCCGGGCCCAGCUGAGGAUGAGGAGGACGCGGCCGAAGGCCCCGAGCCCCACGAGGGCCCCGACACGGCCGAGCUGCGGCGGCGGCGCCUGCAGAGGCUGGGGACCCCCCCCCACUGACCCGGGACCCCCUGGGACCCCCCCCAAACUGACCGAGACCCCCCUGGGACCCCACCCCCCUCCCCAUUUCGCACCAAAAUUCCCAGCUGGAAGUGACUCCCAGUCCCGGCUGUGCCCUUUGGUGACCCCAGCCCCAUUUCCCCUUUCCAUUCCCUUCUGGUUUUCCCAUCUUCUCACAUCUUCCUCCACCCUUUCCCAAAUUUCCCCCUGAUUUUUCCCAAUUUCCUUGUUUUUUCCCAAUUCCCCUCCGUUGUUUCUUUAUUUCCCACAACUUUUCCCUGCUUUUCCGCAUUUUCACCCCAUUUUCUCCCCAUUGUUCCCCCAUUUCCUCCGAAUUUUCCCUCUCCACUGAGCCAGGAUCGGGUCCCUGUUGUCCCCUGGGACUUUUGGGGUGUCCCCCUGUCCGGCCCCACUCCCCAAAUCCACCCUGGGGGGGGGGGGUUUGACCUCUGACCUUGCCCAGCCCAGGGAAUUUAGGACCCUCCUGGGAUUUUGGGAAACCCCUGCUGGAAUUGUUGUGUCUCCUCCCAUGGGAAUUUUGGGGCUACCCCGAGGAUUUUGGGGCCCCCAGGUGGAAUUUUGGGAUCAUCCCAGGAAUUUGGGCCUCCCCCCCCCCCCCCCCCCCCCCCGGGGAAUUUUGGGUCCCCUCCAUGGAAUUUUGGGGCUCCCCCUGGAAUUUGGGGAACUCUGCCUGCCUCGUUCCCAAACCAGCUCAUUAACAGUAUUAAUUGGGACACCUCAAAUCCCACCCCGCCCUCCCCCCAGUCCCAAACUGGUUUAUACUGGUUUGCCACGGCCGGGAUUGCAGUUUUUCACUGACUUUUGCUCAUUUCCCAGCGUUUCUGACCCAAAUCCCUGCUCGGUUUUGGCUGUUCCGCCGUGAUUCCGGGGCGGCCGCGCCCCCAGUGCCUCUCGGAACCCCAAAUUCUCAGGGAAAAACUAAAAAGAAAAAAACAAAACCCCACAACCCCGCAGCCGGGAGCGGCGGAAAACCGCGGCUGGGGGGGGGGGUGGGAGGAGCCAAAUGCGGCAGAGUUUUGGGGCAAAAAGGAGCCAAAUUGGGAUUUUUGGGUUUGAGGUGGAAUUUUUUUGUUCUUUUUCCUUUAAUUUUUUUGGGCAGUUUUGGCCCCAGCUUGAGUGGGUUAAUGAGGAAUUUGGCAAUAACGAAGCACUGCCGCUUUCGGGAGUUGAUUUUUAUCCCUUUCGUGUUGUUUUUUUUUUUUUUUUACCCGUUUUGAGCCAAAACCAUAUUUUUUUUUGGUCCGUUAUGAGGUUUUUUUUGGGUGGAUUCCUCAAAAUUGCCUCAUUUUGGGGUGAAGCCACAGGGAGGGGGAGGGGAGAGAUCGUUCCAGCGGCCGGCCCGGGGGGCGCUGGAUCCCAAAAUCGCUCCUUUUCCCCCCCCGAAGAGGUGGCGGAAUUAUUUAAUUUGUAAAUAAUGUACAAAUUUUUACCAGCUCCGAUGUAAAUACGGCAAUAAAGGUUGCAGUAAAGCUCGGCUCCUCCUGCCCGCCAGGGGGCGCGCGGCCCCGCCCGCGUCUCUAUGGUUCUCCCCUCCCUCACAGUCACUGUGGCCGAUGAA